AUGCCUUCAGCUGUGAAGACGACGUCUAACUUCGAGUCCCUUGCGGGCCACUUCCCUCUCACGCUGCCUGUGCCGACGCCAGUCACCCACCCAGACCUUGUCUCGCCGAAGGAUCUCCACCGCGAGGAGGACCUCUUACGAAACCCAUUUUCUUUCCGUCAUUGGUGGACUGCUAUCCACAGCACACGCGAUGCACACAUCGCUCUUCAAAAGGCUGAAAAGCAGCCAGACAUCCCACCAGAAGUCGCCGCUCUCCUAGGUCCUCUUGCUUCACCCAUUGCCCGAAAGGCGCUUCAGCGCUUGACGUAUCUUUAUGAGGCUGCUCUCGUGCAAUUCCCUGGGUCGUUCAAGCUGUGGAAGUCGUAUCUGCAGACUAGGAUGGGGUAUGUCUUGGGCAAGCAGAUAAGUAAGAAGAGGUCAGGUGGGAGAAAGAAGUUCCCUGAAAUGAGGGACGCGUUGGAGGAGGAGCAGGAGGAUCUCGAGCAGUGGGAGGGAGGUUUGGAUGGUGUUGUGGGUUGGGAAGAGUGGAAGGCUCUUGCCGCGACUUUUGAGCGGUGCCUCAUGUGGCUUCCAAAGAUGCCACGAAUAUGGCUGAUGUACCUCUCCAUAUUCAACCACCCAAACUGUCCACCAGUCCUAUCUCAUACACACGCACGCCGUACCUUCGACCGCGCUCUCCGCACCCUCCCACCAUCUCUCCACCACCGCAUCUGGGUUCGUUAUCUACUUUGGGCGGAAUCAAAAGGUGGUGCAACGACCGUUUCUGUGUAUCGUCGAUACCUCGCAAUCGACCCCAGCAUCACCGAACGCUACACCGCUCUUCUUCUCUCCCCAAGCAACCCUUCCCCACGACCUCUCGAAGCCGCCAAACUCCUUCUGUCCCUAGCUCGGAAAGCUGCUCGGGGCGAAUACACCAGUCCAGAGGGGAAGAGCCCCUACCAACUUCUUGGAGAGUGGUUGAACGUUGUCGAAGCCAACGCGGAGGCCGUCGGGCUGAGUCUCGAGGACACAAUACGUGUUACUGAGGAGGAAGAAAAGCUCAAGGUUGAGGAGGACGAAGGCAAAACUGACGACGCCUCGCAGAAGCCAUCAGGAUCAGAACCUGUCUCAGUCAAGGGUCAGCUCAUUCGUUUUGCCGGGCCGCCUGUGGCUGUCACCCCAGAAGGAAAACCCGCUCCCGCAUACGACGAGGACGAGGACCCCACAAGCUCUCGCAAGCUCGACGUUGAAAAAAUCGUCCGUGUCGAUGGUCUCGCGGUCUACAAAGACCAAGCUGGCCGUCUCUGGUCAGGCUUGGCGUCCUAUUGGUUGAGACGCGCUGAGUUUGCUCGCGCGAAGCAGACGUUCGAGACUGGGAUCGCGUCAGUCCUGACUAUCCGGGACUUCACUCAGAUCUUCGAUGCAUAUGCCGAAUUCAGCGAGACGGUGAUCAACUCGUUGAUGGAGGCUUUGGCGGAGGAGGCCGAUGAAGAUGACGACGAGGAGAUCGACAAAGAAGCUGUCGAGAAGGAAUUGGAUGUGAACAUGAAGGAGUUCGAGGACUUGAUGGACCGGAGACCAUUCUUGGUGAAUGACGUCCUGCUGAGACGGAAUCCGCAUGAUGUUCAGGAGUGGGAGAAGAGGGUAGCUCUAUGGGGUGAUAAUGACGAGAAGGUCGCAGAGACUUACACGAAUGCAUUGUCUACCGUCAACCCGCGGAAAGCCACCGCAAACUUCCACCGACUUUAUAUCAACUUUGCCAAGUUCUAUGAAGAGGGUGGCGUAAGCGGCCAGGCAGAGCCCGAUCUUGGGAGCGCUCGUAAAGUUUUGGAGAAGGCAACUAAGGUCAACUUCAAGACGGUGGAGGACCUUGCGGAGAUCUGGUGUGAGUGGGCCGAACUGGAGGUCCGGCACGAGAACUACGACGAAGCGAUCCGUGUAAUGCAACGAGCCGCCGCUAUCCCGAAGAACCCGAAGAUCAACUACCACGAUCAUGCUUUGUCUGUACAAGCUCGUUUGUUCAAGUCACUCAAACUCUGGUCCUUCUACGUCGAUCUCGAAGAGUCACUUGGCACAGUAGAAACUGCCAAAGCUGUCUACGACAAGAUCCUUGAGCUUCGCAUCGCAAAUGCUCAAGUGAUCGUCAAUUACGCUGCGUUCCUCGAGGAGAACAAGUACUUUGAGGAGAGCUUUAAGGUAUACGAGCGAGGCAUUGAGCUCUUCACGUUCCCCGUGUCCUUCGAGAUCUGGAACAUCUACCUCGCGAAGUUCGUCAAGCGAUACGGUGGCUCCAAACUGGAACGUGCUCGUGAUCUAUUCGAGCAAGCACUCGAGAAGUGCCCUCCAAAAUCGUGCAAGUCCAUCUUCCUCAUGUAUGCCACCCUUGAAGAAGAACAUGGCCUCGCAAAACGAGCUAUGUCCAUCUACGAUCGUGCCACACAAGUCAUCGACGACAAGGACAAGUUCGAGAUGUUCACUAUCUACAUCGCCAAGGCCGCCUCGAACUACGGCCUGCCAGCCACUCGUCCUAUCUACGAACGCGCCCUCGAAGUCCUCCCCGACCGUCAGACCGCCCAAAUGUGCAUGCGGUUCGCCUCUCUGGAACGCAAACUCGGCGAAAUCGACCGUGCUCGCGCCAUCUACGCACACGCCUCCCAGUUCUGCGAUCCUCGUGUUAACCCCGAAUUCUGGGCGGAAUGGCACGCGUUCGAGAUCGAUACGGGCUCUGAGGAUACGUUCCGGGAGAUGCUCAGGAUCAAGCGGAGUGUGCAGGCGAGGUACAAUACCGAGUCGAGCUAUCUUGCGGCUCAGACGAUGGCGGCGCGUCAGGGUAAUUCGCCAGGUGCUGGUACUGGUAGAGAAGAGGUGGCGGAUCCGAUGGCGGCAGCGGAGAAGCAGGCCGGUGGAGGGAAAGCUGGACCAGCCUUCGUGGCUGCGAAGACCAACCCGAUCAGGAGCACUGAGGAAAUAAAGGUGGAUGCUGCACCUGCUGGAAACGACGAGGAGAUUCAUAUAUCUGACGAUGACGAGGAUAUGUGA